UGAAACGAACGAGGUCGAAGGCAGCUGGGAAGCCUCUCCGACGAGAUGCGCUUCCCAGGUCGGUGCCUGCCAGGCUCGCUCGCGGCUCCUCGCUGAGACGUCCCUUUCUUGCCUCGGCUUCUGUCGGAAGCCUUCCGAGCUGGAGCUCUGGCCUCGGUGAGAGCAGCGACUCGCUGGAGGGGAAGAGAGAACUCAGCAGCGCAAGCUUUGCGGGGGCCCCAGAGAAGCAGAGCCGGCUCGGAAAUGCUAACCCGCCGGCAUUGGCUGCUGGCUUCGCUCCAGCUCUUCUGCAUCUUCCGAAUAGAAUUAGUUUCUGGAUAUCUCAGACAGCAACGGAAAAUUAUUGAAGACUGGUCCUAUUCGGGAACAUUAAAUCAAACAUACUGGGGGAAAAGAUAUCCAGCGUGCAAUGGUGCCAAACAGUCACCUAUUAAUAUUGAUCAAGAUCUAGCUCCAGUAAGUGUAAAUCUGAAGAAACUGCAGUUUCAAGGCUGGGAAAAUGAAACAGCAAAUGACACUUUAAUCUACAACACUGGCAAAACAGUGGAAAUUAAUUUGACAAAUGAAUACAAUGUUACUGGAGGAGGCUUAGAGGGUGUAUUUAGAGCAAGCAAGAUAAUAUUCCACUGGGGAAAAUGCAAUGCGUCACAUGAUGGAUCUGAACAUAGUAUAGAUGGACAAAAAUAUCCUCUUGAGAUGCAAAUCUACUGUUAUGAUGCAAAUCAGUUCGCUGAUAUAGAUAAGGCAAUUGAAGGAAAUGGGAAAAUAAGAGCUUUAUCGGUUUUAUUCGAGGUUGGUCUGGAAGAUAAUAUGGAUUAUAAUUCAAUUAUUGAUGGAGUGGCUAGUGUUAGUCGCUUUGGGAAAAAAACUGAACUGAAUCCUUUCACUUUGUCAAACCUUUUGCCAAAUUCAACGGACAAAUAUUACACUUAUAAUGGAUCUUUGUCAACUCCUCCCUGCUCAGAGAUGGUUGAAUGGAUUGUAUUUAAAGACACGGUUAACAUUUCAGAAAACCAGCUGGCAGUAUUUUGUGAGGUCCUUACCAUGCAACAGUCUGGUUAUGUGGUGCUGAUGGAUUACCUACAAAAUAAUUUUAGAGAACAACAGCAUCCAUUUUCUGUUAAGAUCUUUUCUUCAUAUACUGGCCAAGAAGAAAUUAAUGCAACAGUUUGCAGCUUAGAACCAGGAAAUGUCCAAACUGAUCCAAAGAACUAUACCAGCCUUCUGGUAACUUGGGAAAGGCCACGAGUAGUGUAUGACCCAAUGAUUGAGAGAUUUGCUGUUUUAUACCAACAGUUAGAUGGAGAAGACCAAACACUGAAUGAGCAUCAAACCGAUGGGUAUCAGGACUUGGGAGCCAUCCUGAACAAUCUGCUGCCUAAUACCAGUUAUGUAGUACAGGUAGUUGCUAUUUGUCCUAAAGGUGUUCGUGGAAAAUACAGUGACGAAGUCAUUGUUGACAUGCCUUUGGAUGAUCCAGAAGUUGAAUUUACUGACUUGACUGGAUCUGAAGACUAUGAGGAAGAAGAUGAAACGGAGGAGGAAAGAGCAGGGGUGGGUGAUGAAGCUGCGGUAAUUACCAGCACAGAUAGUGUAACAAACCAAAUAAGGAAAAAAGAAUUCCAGGUGACAACAUCUAGCUACAGUCUGGAGAGGAUGGGGACAAAAUUCAAUGAAGCCGGAACACACAGAUAUUUAGCAAGGGAGGAAGACUUGUAUGGAAGGAAUAAUCAGUCCAAAGCAAUUCAUCAUCCAACCUCUCAGUCCUUCCCUGAAAUAACAAAGGAACAAAAAGACGACUCUAUGGGAUUUCACGUGGUUACUGCAGUUGUCCCUCCAGCAAGCAGCUCCACCAAAGGUAAUGGGGAGGAAUAUGCACAGACUUCUCACAAUGAGCAGGCAAGAGUCACUGCUUCUGACAGUAGCGAAGAUGAUAUAGAGGUGUCUGCUUUUAAAUCUGAUCUAGAUACUGAUGAUUCCUGGAGUUCUAAUCCUACCACCUCUUCCAGGUGGUUAGUUACUACAGAGACAUCCCCAGAAAAUACCUUUAGUUCAGGAAGCCCAGAAGCAAGCAUGCAUGAUGAUCUUUCCGAAACCUAUAUUAAAAUUCCAUCAGAAGAUUUAACACAUCCAAUAUCUGAAGAUUCUGCAGAAACAGAACCUGCAAUUGACGGGAAUUCAUGGUAUCUUAAUGGUACAGAUAUUACUGCCGUCCCAUUGGAUACUAAGCACACUAGUCCCACAAAUCCUGCUAUAGUGCCUUAUCCCAAUGGUCCAGUGCUUUCUCAAGAUGCUUCUGCUGUGGAUGUAGAAUUGCCACAUUCUCCCACCUUUGCUAACUCCCCUGCUGAAUUGUCACCUUACUCUGUCCCUGCAAAUUCUGAAGAACGUGGCUCUGCUACUGCUCCCAAUGAGGCACUCUCUCAGACAACUCAACCAGUGUAUAAUGGUGAGAUACCACUUCAACCUUCCUACAGUAGUGAAGUGUUUCCUCUAGUCACCCCUUCAUUGUCUGAUGCUCAGAUGCUCAGCACUUCCCCUUCUGCAUCAAGUAGUGGUGUCACCUUGCAUGCUACACCUGUAUUUCCCAGUGUUGGUGUGUCAUUUGAAUCCACCCUGUCUUCCUAUGAUGAUGUGCCUUUGCUUCCAUUUUCCUCUGCUUCCUCCAGUAGUAAAAUGUUUCACCAUCUGUAUAUGGUUUCGCAAACAUUCCCACAAGCUGCUGCGGCUGUUGAGAGUGAUAAGAUGCCUCUGCAUGCUUCUCUGACAUUGCAAGAACGUGGCACGUUAAUGCAGUCAAGCCUUGCUCAGUUUCCUGAUGUGACGUCACAUCAGACAGUCUGCGGUGCUUCAGAGACAUUGAUGUUUGAUCAUGAUAGAACUCACUUGUCCCACGCUGAAACACCCAGCAGUGAUUUAGAUAUGCAUGCACUGUCUACAAUGUCUGAACUUACCUAUGCUUUAUCUAGUAAUGUGGGCUCUCUCCAAACUGUCGCUGCAUCCUAUUACUCUUCAGAAUUUGCUCGUGAUUCUGUUGGCACCUUUCAACAGAGUCCGCUGUUUAGCAGUUUUAGCAAUGUGCUGGUGCAUAAGUCUCCUUCUGCAAUCCCGCAAGCUGACCCUUUGCUGCAGCCUACGUGUUCUUUGUCUAGUGAAAUGGAACAGUCUGAUGCGUAUUCUGGUAGUGAGUCCCCUUUGCCUAACACAGAUGUUUUGUCUGUGCUUAAAACUUCUGAGCAUGAUCCUUCUGUUGAAGUGAUAGGCAGCAUCCCUGGGUUUAGUAGCGAUGUUGAAACACUGCACAAAAACAGUGUGAUGUAUGGAUAUGACAGAGAACUGCAAAUCCCUUCUUUCAGUGAAGUGGCUUCCCCUGCUGGAAGUGAUAUGCUGACUGAACUUCCAACAGCAGUUUUUAGUGAUGACACUAAUCGCCAGGAUACGGCCUUGCAAGACAUCCUCAUUACUGUUUCUAGUGCAAAGGGAAUCCUUCCAGCGUCCUUUGCUGUUCCUGUUACUAAGGUGUUUGAUUUUGAUGUUAGUAAGCUCUCAGAAAGGCAUGUUCCUAUCCAGCCUUUGCAUGUUACAACUUCAGCCUUUGACGAAACUAUGCUUAAGCCUGUGCUUAGUGCAAUCUCAGAGCAAGCUUUUUCUGCCCCUGCUUCUAGCAACGUAGUGACUCCUUCUACCCGACAGUAUUUUUAUGAGGCUUCAGCUGCAUUAAGUAAUAACCCAUUACUGCAAACUUCCUUUCAGACAUCUGAUGACGGUACACUGCUUAGAACUGUGCCUAGCGAUCCGGUAUUGAUUGAUAAAAACGCCAGGGCUGAUAAUGGUAGUUCUGCAUUUGACCAGAUAUUGCACCAAAUGGCACCAAGUUCUGCUGCAAAUAAAACAGUGUCACGUUCCACACUGGUGUCAUCUGCGGUAAAUAGCUUAUACACUACCAGUAAUGAAAGUGUAACUGUUCCUGAUUCAAGGCAUGAAUAUAUUUCCCAUCAUUUGGUUAACAGCAAAGACAUACCCCAGGUCGUUCCUUCAUUGUACAGUACUUCUGCGUCAUAUCAGUCAAUCAGUUUAGAAAGUACAAAUGCUUUUUCUCCUAAAGCAGUAAACACAGUGACUACUGUCUUAACAGCUGGUGUGUUACCAGCUAUUUAUGCCACCAGCCAUAGCCUUUCAAGUGUUUCACAAAAGGAUAAGGUUCUCACCUCUUAUUUGCGUUCAAAUAUUGUUGAUAUUGCAGCUCCUGUGCCAGAGGUAACCUCUAACUCUAUUCUUCAUGCCUUUACAAAUGUACCAGAUAUGUAUGUUACCUUUUCAGCUGAUUCUUCGAGUACUGACGUUACUUUAAGCACACUUUUAACUUUCACUAAAGUAACUGCUCAGUUGUCAACUGCUGCUGCCAAUUCUGAUGCUGAUUUGUGGUCUUCUAUUGUUGACGAGGAUUAUGAUGAAUAUGAUAGUGGCUUGCCCAUGAAUGGUUGUCACACAUGCAUUUCUCAUAGAAACACUCCGGAGGAGGUAGAUGAAUCAGAUGCAAAGAUAAACAUUGUGAAUGGUCAGCACAAUCUAAAUUCACACAUUGAACUAUCUGAAGAAGAGGAAGAAGCUGCAGUCAGUUCAUCAGCUCAUAGGAUAACUGAUGAUGUGGACCAGAUGAAACACAUACCACUCUCAGGAUUGGCUUUGAAAACCAAGGCAAAAAAACAGAGUGAUCGAUCCACACUGGACAACCAAAUUCAUAUUGUUAGCAACCCAUUGCAAAAGGCACCAAAGUCUAGGUCAUGGGCAGUUUUGGCAAGUGAUGAAGAGAGUGGUUCUGGUCAAGGUACAUCAGAGAGCCUUAAUGAUAACGAGACAUCAACAGAUUUCAGUUUUUCUGACCUUAAUGACCGUGACUCUGAGGGAACAGUUGGAGCAGGUAACUCAAAAUUAACUUAUGGAUCACAACAACCAUCUAUAGCAUCUGCGCCUAGUGAUCACUCACCAGUAUUCAACAUUUCUGAGGCAGAGGCAAGUAAUAGUAGCCAUGACCUUCUAAUAGGCCUCGCUGAACAGAAGACAGUUAUACCACUUGUGGUCGUAUCCGCUCUGACUUUCAUCUGUCUAGUGAUUCUUGUCGGUAUUCUCAUAUACUGGAGGAAAUGCUUCCAAACAGCACAUUUUUAUUUAGAAGAUAACACAUCACCUCGGGUAAUAUCCCUUCCCCCAGCACCAGUCUUCCCUGUAUCAGAAGAUGUUGGAGCAAUCCCAGCAAAGCAUUUUCCAAAACAUGUUGCAGAUUUACAUGCCACUAACAGGUUUACUGAAGAAUUUGAGACACUGAAAGAGUUUUAUCAGGAAAUCCAGAGCUGUACUGUAGAUCUAGGUAUUACCUCAGACAGUUCUAACCAUCCUGACAACAAGAAUAAGAACAGAUAUAUAAACAUUGUGGCCUAUGAUCACAGUAGGGUCAAGCUUGCACAACUUUCAGACAAGGAUGGAAAACUGACUGACUACAUCAAUGCCAACUACGUUGAUGGUUACAACAGACCAAAAGCUUACAUUGCAGCUCAGGGGCCUUUAAAGUCAACAGCUGAAGAUUUCUGGAGAAUGAUUUGGGAACAUAAUGUGGAAGUCAUUGUAAUGAUAACCAACCUUGUUGAGAAAGGAAGGAGAAAAUGUGACCAGUACUGGCCUUCUGAUGGUAGUGAAGAAUAUGGAAACUUCUUAGUCACUCAGAAGAGCAUUCAUGUGCUUGCCUAUUACACUGUGAGGAAUUUUACUAUUCGGAACACCAAGGUGAAAAAGGGUUCCCAGAAAGGGAGGUCCAGUGGCCGCUUAGUUUCUCAGUAUCAUUAUACUCAGUGGCCUGACAUGGGUGUCCCCGAAUACACUCUGCCGGUGCUCACAUUUGUUCGAAAAGCAUCAUAUGCCAAACGCCAUGCUGUAGGACCAGUCGUGGUUCAUUGCAGUGCUGGAGUUGGAAGGACAGGCACAUAUAUAGUAUUAGAUAGUAUGCUACAACAAAUUCAGCACGAAGGGACUGUUAACAUAUUUGGAUUCCUGAAGCACAUACGAACACAAAGGAACUACUUGGUUCAGACGGAGGAACAGUACAUCUUUAUUCACGAUGCACUUGUGGAGGCAAUACUUAGCAAAGAAACAGAAGUACCUGAAAGUCACAUUCAUGCCUAUGUUAAUUCUCUCUUAAUUCCUGGGCCAACAGGAAAAACAAGAUUAGAGAAGCAGUUCAAGCUUCUGAGCCAGUCUAAUAUACAGCAGUGUGAUUAUUCAACUGCACUGAAACAGUGUAACAGAGAAAAGAACAGGACCUCAUCCAUCAUUCCUGUGGAACGAUCUAGAGUUGGUAUUUCAUCAUUGUCAAGUGAAGGUACAGACUACAUCAAUGCCUCCUAUAUUAUGGGUUAUUAUCAAAGCAAUGAAUACAUUAUUACUCAGCAUCCUCUGCUCCAUACCAUCAAAGAUUUCUGGAGAAUGAUAUGGGACCACAAUGCUCAGAUUGUUGUCAUGCUUCCAGAUAGUCAAAAUAUGGCUGAAGAUGAAUUUGUUUACUGGCCAAACAAAGAGGAGCCUAUCAAUUGUGAGAGCUUUAAAGUCAGUCUGAUUUCAGAAGAACACAAGUGUUUAUCCAAUGAAGAAAAGCUUAUAAUCCAAGACUUCAUUUUAGAAGCUACCCAGGAUGACUAUGUUUUAGAAGUGAGGCAUUUUCAGUGUCCUAGGUGGCCAAAUCCAGAUAGCCCGAUUAGUAAAACAUUUGAACUUAUAAAUGUCAUCAAAGAAGAAACUUCCAACAGAGAUGGACCCAUGAUUGUGCAUGAUGAACACGGAGGAGUGACGGCAGGUACUUUCUGUGCAUUAACGACACUCAUGCAUCAGCUAGAAAACGAAAACUGUGUGGAUGUUUAUCACGUAGCAAAGAUGCUAAACUUGAUGAGGCCCGGAGUCUUCACAGACACAGACCAGUACCAGUUUCUGUACAAAACUAUCCUCAGUCUGGUUAGUUCAAGGCAAGAAGAAAAUCCUUCAGUUUCCAUAGACAGUAACGGCUCUGCUUUACCAGACGGCAAUGCAGCGGAGAGCUUGGAGUCUUUAGUUUGACUAUGACCAGUGUCCAGAAUUCAGCAGUUAUUCAGAGCUGGAUUUUUUCAGUAUCAUUGCUUUCACUUACAAAGAAAUACAUUGGGGCAGGGGGGGAAUUAUCCAGCUAGUUGAUUAUCUUUCUUAUAUCUCCCGUCUUGGGGGGAAAAAACCACAAUUGUUGCAUCUGACUAUAUUGCUGAACUUAUAUCUUUAACAAUGUGUGCCUUUUUGAAAAAAAAAUUCUUGUAAUGCAUUUUAUGAUGUUUGAACUAAUUUGAUUGAAAUUUAAUGUAUUUCUAAGACUGAAAUUGUGGUCUCUCUUUUACAGUAUUAGCUUUCCAUUUCUCUGACUUUAUUUUAACUUAAAUUUUACCAUAACCGUAGCCACUAGGGAUUCUCAGCAACAAACAUGUCAUCAUUUUUUAAAAUGUCCAUCUUACUUGCUGUUAUUUAUAGCAUUUCUUACGUUUGCUAGAAAUUUAACUUUUAAUAUGAUAGACUGUAAAUAUAAUACUGUUACCUGUAAUAUUCAACAUUUUAAGAUUUUGGUAAGCAUUUAGAAUAGUUGAUACUUACUGUAAAUAUUUCUAUAGUGAUUCCAUGGACCAAAUUUAUAUUUAUAAUUGUAGAUUUUUUAUAUUUUACUACAGAGUCAGUUUUCGAGUUCUAUGUACUUGCAUUGUUAAAAUGAUGUCAUUCAGUACCUGUUUUUAAUUUUAACAAAGAUCUUCUGCUAUUAUUAUUAUGCAUCCUAAGUGAGUAACCGUAUCUCUGCAUGCGAUUUUAAGUUUUGUGAGGAACUGAAAAAAAAAAAUACUUGUUUCUAUGAGAAUAACAUCUGUAUUCAGCGUUGUUUAAACUGUUUUUACCUGAAGCACUGCAAAAAUAAAUACCAAUAUUGCAAUUUGUGUCUUA